CACGUAUACAAAUCGGAAAACCCUUCUCGCGUGUAAGUGUUGGUACUUUGAAAUUAAAAAUCUUCAACAACUUCUUCAGUCUCUAAUGGCGAUUAUCUCAGAUUACCAAGAAGAAACCCAAACCUCUUCAUCUUCUCAACCAAAACCCUCAAAACCUAUUCCCUUCUCUUCCACCUUCGAUCCAUCAAAUCCAACUGCUUUUCUCGAAAAUGUAUUCGACUUCAUCGCUAAGGAAAGUACCGAUUUCUUCGAUAAUGAUUCAGCUGAGAAGGUGGUUUUGUCCGCUGUUCGCGCUGUGAAGGUAAAGAAAGCUAAGGCUGUUGCUGCCGAGAAAGCUAAGAUUGCUGCUGAAGAGAAGGCCAAGGUUGAUAAGGCGGCUUCUGUUGCUGCGGCAGAGAAGAAAGCUAAGGAAGUAGAUGAGAAGGAAGAUGACAAGAAAGAUGGUGAAAGUGGUUUAGCAGCUCCCAAUCAGGGUAAUGGUAUGGAUCUGGAGAAAUAUUCUUGGACUCAAACUCUUCAAGAGCUCAAUGUGAAUGUUCCAGUGCCAAACGGAACAAAAUCAAGGUUUGUCACAUGUGAGAUAAAGAAGAACCAUCUAAAAGUUGGAAUCAAAGGGCAGCCACCAAUUAUUGAUGGGGAGCUAUAUAAAUCUAUCAAGCCUGAUGAUUGUUAUUGGAGCAUAGAGGAUCAGAAUACACUUUCUAUUCUUUUAACCAAACAUGAUCAAAUGGACUGGUGGAAAUGUCUCGUUAAGGGUGAUCCUGAAAUUAACACCCAAAAAGUUGAACCUGAGAGCAGCAAACUUGGUGACCUUGAUCCUGAGACUCGACAGACUGUUGAAAAGAUGAUGUUUGAUCAGAGGCAGAAGUCUAUGGGCCUUCCUACAAGUGAGGAGCUCCAGAAACAGGAAAUCAUGAAGAAAUUUAUGAGUCAGCAUCCGGAGAUGGACUUCUCGAAUGCAAAAUUAUCUUAGAAAGCUGUGCUAUGAUUCGGGGAGCUUUUUUGGUACUGAAAAUAUUUUGAAAUGCCUUGGGAUAAUCUUUAGAGUACUUGUUUUGACAUAGUUCUAGUCCCCAGCCAUUCAUGUUUAUGUUUGGAUUACAGUUGUACCUCCCAAACAACAGUUUGGGUGUCUAAAUUGGGUUUUGUUCACAAACAUGUUUGGUGAAAUCACUUUAGCUUAUAUUUGAACAUAUUUUGAAGUUUUAUAUCAUGGUUUAAGUAACGGUAAGAAAAAAGUGCUUCCCCAUCGAA